ACCAUUAUUGGACAAAAUAACAAACAAAUAAAAAGCCACUCCUUUAUUAGCGAGGUUUCUGUUGAUCACACCAAUUGGGAGGAUUUAUCCUCAUAUUUGUAGCCCGCUAUGGAUGAAACAAAGCUAAAAUGUCAACAUUAGCAUAAAACUUCAGUUCCUCGACGUAACCAUAACCUUCCCCAACCCAAAGCACAGUAACUACAGCCCAGAUCCAUGCCGUGAGCUGCGGGCGGAGAGCAUAGCGAGUUCAUUUUCACCUGUUAGAUCGAAUUAAGCUACCUUCCACCUUACCUGUGUGUGCACCUUUCUCUCUGACCGUAGUCGAUCGUAGCCCAGCCAGCAGCACAGCUCAUCGGUAUUCAAUAUUAUGAAAUAUGUGCACCUUCAUCCCAAUCGUUAAACCAGCAGCAGCCACCAGCAAGUGUACGUAGCGUACGUACAGGUAUCUUCUUGAUCAGUGCAAGGGGUAACUUACUCAGCGAUGACGGUAGUCCAGCUGAUGAACGUUUGUUCUUAUCGUUGAUACUGCGUUCGCGAGUUGUUCGUGGAUGGUAUCCCCCCGCGGCGAGAGCGUUCAUGCGCAGUUGAGGGGAAUAUCGACCGGCUGGGUUUCCUCUGUUUGCCUCACUUUAACUAGUUGGAUUUUCGAGUCAAGUGUAGGAAAUUCAUUGGAUGUUUUCGUUGCUUCUCUUUUCGACUGCCAGCGAGGUUGAUUGGGGACAUUUACUGGGUAGAAGGCAGACUGUGCUAUUCAUUGCCUUCGGGUAGCAGCAGCGAGCGGUUCGGCAGGUUUUUGAACACCAUACGAGUAUGCGUUCAUUCAUCGCUCUCGGCUCUCGGUGAUAUUGCUUUUCUUGAAUGCUGGUCGGUCGGUUUCUGUUCCUUCGAGUUAGUUUGCUUUGCUACAGCGUGCCAAACAGAACGGCGCCUCCGAGCUGUGUAGACACCGGAUCCCGGGAGUUAUUUUGCUAGAGUGUAGCGACCGAGAGAGAGGAAGAUCAGUGUUCGGGAACCCUUGCUGGCUAGUUUAGUAUGUAGUUUCGGAGUGUCUCCGUCGGUUGGGUCCUCUGUGUAUUUAGUGUACGGUGUGCGGGUAUCGAUUUAUACAUCAAAUUAAUAUCUCCAUCAGCACUCGCUUUAUGGUGAGGAGAAUCACUAACAUCUGCAGCAUCGACCAAGGAAGCAGACUUGGAGUUUUCCGCGAGCGGUCGAGUGCCGCCGCAACGUGUGCGUGAUUGAUUCUCCUGCCGUGACCAAUAGUGAAUAGUGUGUGGGUCCAAUAGUAAGUGGACAGUCGACGUUUUUUUCCUGCUUUGUACCGUUUGAUAUAACGUGUGUGUAUUUGUCUCAAGCAGUGUCGCCGUCGUUGGCCCGUUGUUGUGCUUGAAGAGAUGUGAUUUCUUUAAUUCGGCAAACGACAGCUGACUGGACGAUCGUCGAUCGUCUCCCCGGUGUGAAUGAUCGUGCAUAUGAUUGCUAUAAUGAAGAGUGACGUUUAUUGACAACUGAAACAUAUUUCUAUAAUUUUGAUUGAUUUCUAGACGCUCUUCGGGUCCGGAUUUUUGUUAUGUUGCGACCGUGUCGCCUCACGCGUUCAAGUACGUGCGUUUGAGGUCGGCUGUGUGUUUUUUUGCUUUGCUGCUUAAAUGAUAUGGUGCGUUGACCAUAAUACGACGACAAAUAUAACAACGAUACGCGCUUAGUUUAGAAAACCAGUGCACAAACCAGUGAAUCGAUCGGGUCGAAGUUAGCAAUCUCGAUUGGCCGUUGAGUGGAGAACCGCUACUGUGUGUGAAUCCUGAAGGAAGCCGUUGUGGUUCAGCGGUUUGAGAAGCAGCACCGUCAUCAUCAUCAGAAGACUGCUUCCACCAGGAGAUCGUCGCCGUUGGUGCUGAAGGUUCCACGAAAGCUAUGCAGGUUGUUUGAGAUAGUGAAGAUAGUGUUUUUGCCAGUAGUAGUAGCUCAGUGCAGCGCAAUUAUGGCUCUCAGUUCGAAAAUGUUCCUUAGCUUAGUGCUGUUUGUGGCGCUUACCUGCUCGUGCCUGAUGGAUGCUGUCAAUGCUGAUGCUGCUCUAGUCGGUAUUAGGGAACCUUGCGCGAACGAAGGUGAAGAGGUCAAAAUCGACAUGACGGCGUGCUACAAAUGCAUCUGCAAGAAUGGAUUUGUCGAGUGCGAACCGGAGAGCUGCCCCGCAGUUGAUGAUUGUUAUUUGUACAAUAAGAAAGCCCCAGGAAGGUGUUGUGAUAAGUGUGUAGGAUGUUUAUACGAAGGUCGAAUGAUAGACAGUGGGACAGAAUGGACAGAUCCCGACGAUCCCUGUGAACACUACAAGUGCGUUUCCGGUGUAAUAACGCGGUCACGCAUCAAAUGCUACACCCCCUGUUCGAAUCCGCUUCCUCUGAAGCAUGGCCAGUGCUGUCCAAUAUGCCUAGGAUGCCAACUAAACGGACAGAAGGUAACGAACGAGGCUACGCUAAGUGAGGACCCGUGCGUCAAAUGCACCUGUGACGGACGAAAGCUCACCUGCACGAAAAAGUCCUGUCCGGUGCUACAGUGUCCGGCCUCGAAGCAGAUUCGAAUCCCAGGGGAGUGCUGUGCCCGCUGCAUGGAACGCCGAGAGGAGUUCAAGCUGGGCAUGCAAAAGCAUUGCGUCAUCGGCAAGGCGGUCCACUUCCAUGGGGCCACGUACAAAGCGGACCAGUGUGCGUCCUGUGAGUGCCGUAAUGGAACCACUUUUUGCGAGAAGAAUACCUGCCCAGUGUUGGAGUGUGGCAUCGAGGAUCAGGUUCAAGGUCUUAACGAUUGCUGCCCGUCGUGCCCGGUGCCGGCCGAGUUCAAAUCGACUUGUACGCAUCGGGGUCAGGUGUAUGAGAACGGCGAAACGUGGAGCCUGAAUGCAUGCACCUCGUGCGAGUGCCGCUCGGGUGAAGUCCGGUGCGCCAGAAGCCAGUGCCCGCCGCAGAAGUGUAAACCGAACGAGACGCUCAUCAAGCCCAAGGACGAGUGCUGCUCGAAGUGCGUCGAAAGUCCCGGAGUGUGCACCGUGUUCGGAGAUCCACACUACAAAACGUUCGACGGGUAUUUCUACAGCUUCCAGGGGUCCUGCAAGUACCAGCUUACGGCCGAUUGCAAGGACCAUUCAUUUUCGAUACGGGUGACGAACGACGCCCGGUUGACCAAGUCUUCGUCGUGGACGAAGACCGUGACGCUGAAGCUGGGAAACCUGAAGGUGAAUUUAGGGCAAAAGAUGCGGGUUAAGAUCAAUGGGAGUAGAGUUGAUCCGCCGUACAAGAUGGAUGGAGUUUUGGAUGUGUUCAAAAGUGAUGAUGGUACAGAGGUGGUCGUGAGUACUGCCCUUGGGAUUAAACUGACAUGGGAUGGCAAUAACUUUAUACAAGUAGAGGUUCCUGUUGUGUACAAGAAUAAGUUGUGUGGACUUUGCGGAAACUAUAACAGCGUUUUCCGAGAUGAUCUGCUUUCGAGGACCGGAGUUAACAUGACUGAUAAUGUUUGGAAAUUUGCGCAAUCGUGGGCGGUCGGGGGUGAGAAAGCAUGCACACGACCGAGGAAGAAGGAAAUGGUCGCGAAGAAUUCUCAGUGCAGACCGAAGAAGUUCUUCACAUUCUGUAAGAUCUUGAAAACGGAUGUAUUUGGUGAAUGCAAUUCCCAGCUGAAUCCAGAAAACUAUUUCGAAUCGUGCAAGAUCGAUAUGUGUGAGUGUCCGCAUAAGCAGUGCUAUUGCGAUAGUUUAGCGGCGUACGCCCAUGAAUGCCAGCGACAGGGUAUUCGGUUACCCAACUGGAGGCGCGACACUAACUGCUAUCCCAAUGCGACCAACUUUUUCACAUCUCAUCAUCACCAUCUGCUCAUGCAGCAACCGGUAGGUCCUCAGAAGAAACGUCACCAACAGCCAACGCAAAGGCAACAGAAAAAUGCAAUAGUAAGUUCCCAGCCCAACCAUCGGAAAAAGCAUCGACAGCAGGCAUCACAUGGGCUUUUACUGGAUCCCAGUUCCCGACGGGCACCACCACCAUUGUAUUCCUAGAUCAACUUAAGGACACGACCAAAAGUGAGGCAAGGUUAAGUGUUGCGACUUAAAUAUAAAUUCAUGGAACUGUAAGGUCCAUGAACCCAACUCGAUUUCAACUUGGUAAAUCAGUUACCAUCAAAAUCAAUCUGCUGGGGGCAGGUUUUUAGCCACUUAAAUCGAUACUUGCAAUUUCCGGGGAAAUUCGAACGAUAGUCGCAUUUAGAAUGAAACGUAGCACAGUGAACGAGAGUGAAAACUAGUAAGAUUAGAGUGAGAUCCGAGUGAUUGCGAACGGCGCGCGGUGGAAGACACGUGACUCUAUAGAUGAAUGAUUUUAUUUUAGAAAACUCAGUUGUAGACAUUUUAACUUAAUUGUGGUAACUUAUUGCUUUCUACUGUAGUGUUUAGCCUAGGAAUCGUUGCGAAAUAUUUAACUAUAUUUUUUGACAACUGAAUGCCAAAAUCAGAACGAAAGAAUGCAGCAGCAGGGUACGGAAACGGCCGCCGCGGCACGAACGAAACUCAUUAGCGCGUUAGGGUAGCCCUCUACUAGAGAUUGUAAAUAUGUUUUAGCUUGGUAGGGAGGAGUAUCUCGUCCUGUUUGUAAGGAUCACGUUCGUUUGACUAUUUGUACAUUUGUUUAUUUUUUUUAAUUGCUAGUGCGGUAAAUUCCACCUACUCUUUUGUACAGAAACAGAUUUUAGCUAGGGAUUCAUCAAAGUUCAUCAGUAUUUAUUUAAAUUUUCACCGACCAAUAGGUAAGCUAAAAUGUAAGUAUUUGGAAGUCAUUGGCGCAAAGACGACUGUAUCUGUUCAGGAAGCAUUGUCAAAUUGAUCAUGGUAUUCAGUUGCUGUCAAAAUGCACUAUUUUGUGGUAAAAUUUUCUCAGAAAGGCAGAGCUUUAACUAACCCAUGUCCUCAUUAUCUUAUAUAACCAGCUUGAGAUUAAAACAAUAUAUGAAAAUACUGUCUUCAGAAUGGUUGUUUGCAAGCUCAACAGUCAACACGUCUUACUCGAUCAUGCUACAAGAUCCAAUGUCCAUGGAUUCCUCUGGAAGUAUGUAUCUCCCAUGAUUCGUUCUGCCAUUUCUCCAUGAAAUUCCCUCUGGGUUAUCUCAAGUCACUUCGGGGUUCCUUCAAUGAUUCUCCUCGGGAUCUCUCGAAGGAUUCCCCCUGGACACCUUCAGGAUCUUCUCUAUGGAUCCUUCAAAAAUUACAUCAAGAAUGCUUACAGGUUUUUUUCUUUCGUGGAAUACCUACAUAGAUUCCUUCAGACAUACAUAUUUCCUGGAAUUUCUCAGAAGUUUUCUACGAGGGUUACUUCAGGAAUAUUUUCUGGAUCCAUUCAAGGGUUCAUGGCUAGUUUUCUCCGUGGACUCCUCCAUGGGUUUAUUAAUAUUAUUGUUUUUACUUUAUUAUACAGAUUUCCAGCCCUGUACUGAUUCAUUUCUUAUCACCAUGGAUUUAGUUUGGCAUUUUUUAUAGGUUUCUACAGGGAUUUUCCCGGGAUUUUUCCAAAGAUGUCUUGUGUUACUGUUCUAAAGUUUUUACAGGGAUUAAAAAAAAAUAACAUUAUACUGCUCUGAGGCUUUCGCUCGGUAUUUCUUCUGUAGAUCACUUCUGGGUAUCCUGGGUAAUGUUCUUUCGAUUAUAUAUUCUUCAAACCAUCUAGUUUUGACCACCCAUCCUCAUUCACCGAAAGCUCCUCCCUUCAAUUCAAGUUGAUUUAUUUUCGUCAAUCUGAUUUCGAACGACCCGCGCCCAUAUGGGCAGUGUUAACCAGACGCAAAGUUCUUUUUUGGAGAAGAAGUGUGGCGCAAUCUCGGUCGAUCGGCUAGGCUGGCUGGCACACUGAACCGAUUCGUCUAUUCACACUUUAUCGCCCGCCCGGCCACGAAACGUGUUCCGUGCAUGUAGGUAAAUCGAAUCUCCUCACCAUAAACAAUGAUGACUCAGAGUCAGAGGGAACCGAUCGACGCCGCGCCAUGGACGAACGGACGAACGAACGCCACGGUGUGUGAUGUUUACUUCCUGCUAAUUGCCACUUGGUGGCACGUGUUUCUGCGAAUCCAAUUGCGUCCAAUGACGACGAUGUCCAAAUUUCCGAGCGAGCCUAGUGGGAGUCGAUGUCGUCGUCGGUACUAUGAUCGAACCGUGUCCGAAAAAAGAACAGGUGUUUUUCGUUCUAGGUUGAUGAUGGCGAUCGCUUUCGGUCUGAGAGGUGCGACCCCCUCCCUGCUGGUAAUUGCGCUAGCUUAUUGCACAUGUACAGCCGGUGCGGCGGUGUUGAACUACUGAUAUUGCACGCGUUUCUAAACAAUCUGGCUUCUGGUCCGGUUGGAAACAGACUCAUCAUUUCCCACUCAGUUGGACCAGAUCCAGAUUGUUUAGUCUGAGCGCCAUGGGGUUAGAUAAUGGGGAAGAUUUUAAGCAAAACAACUGCAACAUUGUGAUGGAAAAACAUUGCGCAUGACCUAAGUUUUGGGAAGGAAUGGAUUCAGAGCAGUUGGGAAGAAAGCAGUAAGUUCU